GCGGCGGCGGCGGGAGCCGCGAGUCGGGGCCGCCCGGGCUGUGCUUCGCCCCGGCAGCAGCGGUGGCGGCGGCGCCUGUGGCUCAGGAUGCGGCCGGGGGGCGCACUGCUCGCCCUGCUCGCCAGCCUGCUGCUGCUGCUGCUGCUGCGCCUGCUCUGGUGCCCGGCAGACGCGCCCGGCCGCGCCAGGAUUCUGGUGGAGGAAAGCAGGGAGGCCACCCACGGCACCCCCGCAGCACUGAGGACGCUCCGGAGCCCGGCGACCGCGGUACCGCGCGCCACUAACAGGUAUUCAGAGAACGACUACCUUCAGAUUAUCACAGAUAUACAGAGUUGUCCAUGGAAACGGCAAGCAGAAGAAUAUGCAAAUUUUAGAGCCAAACUUGCUUCCUGCUGUGAUGCUGUUCAAAACUUUGUUGUUUCUCAGAAUAACACUCCAGUUGGGACUAAUAUGAGUUACGAGGUGGAAAGCAAAAAAGAAAUCCCAAUUAAGAAGAACAUUUUUCAUAUGUUUCCAGUGUCCCAGCCUUUUGUGGACUACCCUUAUAAUCAGUGUGCAGUGGUCGGAAAUGGGGGAAUUCUGAAUAAGUCUCUCUGUGGAACUGAAAUAGAUAAAUCCGACUUCGUUUUUAGGUGUAACCUCCCCCCAACCACAGGAGAUGUUAGUAAAGAUGUUGGCAGUAAAACAAAUCUUGUGACUAUAAAUCCAAGCAUCAUAACUUUGAAAUAUGGGAACUUAAAGGAAAAAAAAGCCCUAUUUCUGGAGGACAUUGCAACCUAUGGAGAGGCAUUUUUUCUUCUGCCAGCAUUUUCCUUCAGGGCCAACACGGGUACCUCUUUUAAAGUGUACUACACGCUCGAAGAGUCUAAAGCAAGACAAAAGGUUCUAUUUUUCCAUCCCAAGUACCUGAAAGAUCUGGCCCUUUUCUGGAGAACUAAAGGUGUGACUGCAUACCGCUUGUCCACCGGCUUGAUGAUCACAAGUGUUGCAGUGGAACUGUGUAAAAAUGUGAAGCUGUAUGGAUUCUGGCCCUUCUCUAAAACUGUAGAAGACAUACCUGUCAGCCAUCACUAUUAUGACAACAAGCUACCUAAACAUGGUUUCCAUCAGAUGCCCAAAGAAUACAGCCAGAUCCUCCAACUUCACAUGAAAGGAAUCCUCAAACUGCAAUUUAGCAAAUGUGAAGUCGCCUAAACAAAGUAUCUUAAAAUGGGAAUAAUUUUAAUAUAAUGCAGUAGGUGAUUAACAAUGUCUCCAAACACCAAAGGAGGUGGCUAAAGAGUAUUCUGAGCUGAGUCCCAAAAUUUGGUUUGACCAAAGCUUCCCCACUCAUUUUGCAAUGAUGGCAAGUCAUUCAAUCCUUCUCAUCUUCAUUUUUUCUCCUUAUAACAUGGACACCAUGAUAUCUGACUCAUACAAAUUUUUAUAAUUUAUGGAAAUUAUUGGCAUGGCCUUUGGUGUGAGGUAGGGACUCAAAGAAUAUUUCUUUCUUACUAUUUAUACCAGCCAUCUCCACCUUCACCAGACCGAUAAUAAAAAAGCAUGCUUUCUUGGAGAUCUCUUCUAAAGAGAAUAGCUGCAUUACCAGUAUCCAUUGGAUUUCUUUCUGUGGCAGGUCUCUAUCAAUAAUAUCCUUCCCAUUUUUCUGUCUCAAAGACUGCAUGCAAGAAAAUUAUAUACUUAAGCAAAAAAUUCUUGAUUAUUCGGGAAUGAAAUUCUUCUCUGAGUAUGGCAGUAUGCCUGCUUCUGAUUAAAUUCACUUUUAAUAGUAGCUGUGAUGAUAUUUUGGUUGAAUUUAAGCCAUUUAUUUUCCUCUUAUGUCUACAUUUCUUCAUCACUUAAUAAUUUUAUUUUAACUUCCUGCCUCAUUCUUACACUUUUUUCUCUCUCACUUAUACGAUAUACUUCAAGGACGUGAACAGUUACAAUACCCAGUCUUUCUUACCUGUUGUCUUGUCUGUGGGGUCACUCACUCAAUUUUGUUUUAAAAUUACUGAAUAACUACUUCAUGCCAGGCCCUGCACCAGGCUCUGUGAGAGGACAAGAAGGAUUAUUGCCUCUUGUAGGAGAAAACAGAUGUGCAUAUCAUUAAUUAUGAUGGGGUAUGAUAAGUAUUACAAUGACAAAAGCUAUGAAUAAAGUGCUACAAGGAACAGAAGCAGGGAUAAUUAAAUCCAUUUCAGUGGAAUCUAUUUCAAAGUACAAUAGUCUCCCCUAAUCUGCAGAUAUGGGAAGACCCCCUGUGGAUGCCUGAAACCAUUGAUGAUAUUAGAAAUAUGUAAUUGAUUAGUAAAAGUAACAAAAUAUACUGAAAUAAUUAAAUAUACAAUGUGGGGACUUUAUAUGCUAUUUUAAUAAAACUUACAUAUAGUUAGGACAUUUAGAGCUUACUUAAGUUUUUUUCCCAUAUAAUAUCCUAUCUUAAAAAUUUUUCUUUAGAACAUCAAAACAGAAUCUCUAGUGUCACUGAUAUGGAUUUCAGAAAUAUUCCAAAUGGUGUGAGAUCAAACAGCAUAGUGAUACCCAUGUUCCAGUAAAAGCUUAGGAGAAAAAGAAUGUUUGUGGGUUUUCUUUUGUGGAGAAAAUUGUAGACAUUUCCAAGUUAACACAUCUGAAGUUUCUGGUUCGACAUCUGUGUUGCCAUCCUAAAAGCACGUUUGAAAUUUUACAACAGUCCUACCUAGAUUCACGUUAGCCAAAAAUCUUUGGCUAAACAGACACCCCGAGAUUUCAUAAAGUAUGUUAUAGUCAGAAUUGGUGGUAAUUAAUCUACAAAUCUGCAAAAUAGUGUUCAUAGUUUUUCUUUUUAUUUUGAUCUUGGUGAAAAACUUGCAGUAACUCACCAUUACAGAGCGACAAGAACUGUGACUCAUGUUUUAUGAUUUACAAAGCUGAUGUGGUGUAUUAUCGAUAUCCAUAAUCUGUCAUAUUUAGACACAUUCAUUGUGACACAUAUAACAUGUGCAUUCUUUUUAUCUUUUUCUCAAGUGGGUCUAUAGUUGUGAUUUCACAGCAGAUUGGGGUUGUUGGCCAUUAUUUGAAGCUCUCCUACUCUCUUUCUAGCAUAGUCAGUAUGUUGCAGAGAACUAAAGGGAGUAAAAGACACAGUGCCUCAUUGAAUCCUAACAUUUUCUUCCUGGUAGGGCAUAUAUCCCACCUUCCAUAUAUUCUGCUGUGAGGUGCCAAUAAUGUUCUUUUGUUCCAAAACAGAACAUUACUUAGAACUUUCUAAAAUACGAUAGAACAUGAAUGUUUACAAUACAGCAUGUCAGCUAUGUAAACUGUAAAACGUAAGUCACAGUUCUUUUUGUUCUGUAUUGGUGAAUCAUUGCAAAUUUUUCACCAAGUGCAAAACAAAAAGAAAAACUAUAAACUCCAUCUUGUAGAUUUGUAGAUUCACCACAACCAAGUCUGAUUGUGACACUCCCAAGAAAUCUGUAAGUAAUCAGCAUUGCUUAAAUGUUGUUAGAUCUAAUGUGAUCUUCUGCUUUUAAAACUCAAGUACAUCUAAGGGCAUUGAGAAUGGAAAGUCUGAGUUCUGGUACUAGACAAGAGUAGCCCUUUAGGCCAGGCGCAAUGGCUCACACCUGUAAUCCCAGCACUUUGGGAGGCCAAGGUGGGUGGGUCACUUGAGGCCAGGAGUUUGAGACUAGCCUGGGCAACAUAGUGAGUACCCUUCUCUACAAAAAACAAAAAAAUUAGCUGAGCAUAGUGGCGUGCACCUGUGGUCCCAGCUACUUGGGAGGCUAAGGAGGGAGGAUCGCUGGAGCCCAGGAGGUAGAGGCUGCAGUGAGCUGUGAUCUUACCACUGCAUUCUAGCCUGUGUGACAGAGUGAGACCCUGUCUCAAAAAAAAAAAAAAAAAAGAGUAGCCCUUUAGUUAGGAUUCUAGCUCAUAAUGCUACAUACUACCAGUUUCUAAGAGAAAUACUAGCUUGUUGGAUUCUAUUUUCCACUUGUUGUUCAGCCUCAUUGAGCAAUGAAACAGAAUAACAAGAUUCCAAUAUAAUUUUCGGCCAAAUCCAAAGGCAAGGCAGAAAUAUUCAUUUAAGUAUAUAGUCCAUAGUACUCUGUGGUCCCUGCAAAGGGCUUCAUGAUCAAUUGCAUAGUGUUAAUUUUUGCGCAGUAUAAUAAUCCUCGAACAUCCUUGAAGUCUCUGGUGCUUUUCGCUUGGAACAAAAGGCAAUGACAAAUAGAUCAUGGCUUUCACUAAAGGAGAUUUCCUUCUUCAUGUAAGUCCUAACCCAGUAACUGCGUGGGCUCUCAGCCAGGUAAUCAGUCAAAAAGUCUUUUUUUGAGGACUCUCUGUGGAAUACAGAAUUAAGCAGCAAAUCAGACCUGUGUUUGCCUAAAUUUUUCCUUGCUUAUAAAAAAUUUACCAGCUAAGUAUUAUGUAAUGUCAAGUACCCUAAAUCACUCCAUGAAUUAGGAAGCUUUGGGAAAAUUGGAAAAUUUUGUGGAAAACAGGUCCACUAACAUCCUAAACAGCUACUGCAGAAGUAUAGUUAAGAUGUGAUAUAUAAUAUAUUGUGACCUUCAAGACAUAUAAUUUAUCUAACAUGACAUGGAAACACAUUAUUAUGCCAUUAAAAAUUGAAGGCAUUGUAGGAAUUCAUCUGAUAUAUCUGCUGCACUUGAUCUAAUAAAUCCACUUGAGGCUGCUAGGAGUGUUGAAGAUUUCCUGUUUACAUGUGGCUUCAGAAGGCUGAUCCCAUAGCGAGGAACAGUGUCACCAGUACCCUCCUGAGAGUGGAAAGGCAAGAAUAUUUCUCAUGCUCUUUCUUAUUUUGGGUCAUCGCUCUUCCAGAAGCAUUCUUCUUUUUAUAAAAAAAAAUGUGGGUGAUAUAUGAUAAAGAUGCGCUACUUAUGUAAUGGAGACAGGGCAAACUCUUUAGCAGAUAAUAUUGAAACAUUGGCUCACUCUAUGGAGAAAAAUAAAUGCCUACAUUGCACCAUAUAAAAAGUUGGGCUCCAGAGGGAUGAAAACGAUGGAUUAAAAAGAAAACUUUAAAGCUCAUAGAAGAAAAUGUAGGAGAAUUAUGUCUGAGAUACAGGUGAGGAACUGUACUUCUUCAACAUGACCCAAAAAUAUCUUUUUAAAUAGUUGGGUUAAGAAAGGAUGGCUAUGACUGUAUUAAAAUGAAAGAGUUCUAGUCAGUGAAUGACACCUUAAAGUUAAUAGGCUGGGGACAGACUGAAAUAGCUUUUAGUAAUGCAUAAAAUUAAUGACAUUAAUAGAGAGACAUUCCAAGGAAUUGUAAAUCAACAAGUAAAAGACAGGAAACUCAAUAUAAAAAUGAACAAAAGAUAAGAAUGUGAUUUACAAAGGGGAAAGCUGAGUAGCUAAUAAGAAUAGGAAGUGAUACUCAAAUUUACCAGUAACCUGAGAAAUGCAAAUGAAAGUGAGAUACUACACCCAUUGCAUUGGUAAAAAUUAGUAAGGUCAUUAACUUCAAGUGUGGAAGUAUAAGCUGAUUGAAUCAUUUUGGAAAGCAACCUAGGAGUACUGAGUUAGUAAAAUUCAUCAUAUGUCUGUCCUAUAGUCCAGUAAUUGCACUUUUGCAUAUACAGCCAAGAGGACCUGUUCUGAUCCGCACAAAAAAACAAGUAUUAAGGUAUUUAUUCCAUUAUGGUUUGCGGUAGUUAAGUAGACAAAUUGGACACACAGAUAUCUGUCUCUUCGGAAGUCAGUGAACUAACUUGACUGGAUACAUAGUGUGGAAUACGAUACAGCAGUUAGAAGCAACUUACUGGACAUAUAUACAGAAAUAAGGGUAUGUCCUUUAAAUUUAGCAUAAAGGGAAAACAAAAGCUUUAGCACAAUGCCAUUUAAUUACUUUAAAGUGUAUGCAUGCAUACAUACAAACAUAUUCAAGGCUACGUGUCAAAUACAAGAAGGGUACCCAUUAAGAAGAGGGUAAUCGGAGUGGGUUUAGGGAUAAAGAAGAAAAAUAUACAUGUUAUUAUAUUUAAUACAGCAAGCCUUUGACGUAUAUAUUCUUAUACUCACAUAUGAUACUCUUACUACUACAUAAAUAAAUACAGAAGCUGACUCAAAAUUGUAAGUAACUUAUAUAAGGUUGCAUUAUAUAUAAGAGCAGAGCUAGUAUUCAACUCAUAUGUCUGACUCUAAAGCCAAUAUUAUUUCCAUUAUGCAAUUAUAAAAUGAAAAGAAAAAUCAGUAUUAUCCCAUGUCAUUGACAUGUAAUAAAUGGCACAUAUUUAUGUACAUGCAUAUACCCAUGAAACCGUCUCUCCAAUUAAGACAAUGUAUAUAUUCAUUACCCCAAAAUGUUUUCUUGUGCUACUUUGUAAUCCCUCCCUCUUCCUCCUCCCUGUCCAUCCCACCCUCGUCCCCAGAAAAUUCCUAAUCUGUUUUUCUAUAGACAUUUACAUUUUUACACUAUAGACUGUUUACAUUUUUUAGAAUUUUAUAUAAAUGGAAUCUUACUGUCUGUACUCAUUUCUUGUCUUGCACUUUUGCUCGACAUAAUAAUAUUAAAACUCAUUCAUGUUGAUUGUGUAUCUGUAGUUUAUGCCUUUAUUUACUGAGUAGAAUUAUGUUAUAUGGAUGGACCACGAUUGGCUUAUCUGCUCAUUUGUUGAUGAACAUUUUACUAUCUCCUGGUUUUGGCUAUUACAAAUAAAGGUAUCAUGAACAUUAAUGUGCAAGUCUUCUUGUGAACAUAUUUUUAUUUCCUUGGGGCAAAUAUCUAGGAUUGGAAUGACUAGGUCACAUGGUCCAUGUAUGUCUAACACUUUUAGAAAACUACCAUGCUGUUUUACGAAGUGGUUAUAACAUUUCAUGUUCCUAUCAGUAGCCUAUGCCAGUUGCUGUUGCCUGACAUCUUUGACAAAAUUUGGUUUGAGUAGUAUUUAAUUUUUGACAGUCUAUUGGGUACACAGUUUUAUCUCUGUAUCUCAUUGUGAUUUUGAUUUUCAUUUCCCUUAUUAUUUUUUCAUGUGUUUAUUUGACUUCCAUAUAUCUUCUUUGAUGAAGUGUCUGCUGAAAUAUUUUGGCGGUUUUUAAUUGGGUUGUCUUCUUAUAAGUGACUUAUAAAGGAUAUUUAUAUAUUCUAGAUACAAGUCUUUUAUUAGAAUGUAUUUUGCAACUACUUUCUCAGCCUUUUCAUUUUGUUAACAGUGUUUCUCAAUAGCAGAAGUUUUUAAUUUCACUAAAGUCUAGUUUAUUAAUUUUUAAAAUUUUAUAGUUUGUGUUUUUGGUGUCAGAUUUAAGAAAUCUUUGCCAAACCCAAGGAACAGAUUUUCUCCUAUGUUUUCUUUUAGAAGACUUAUAGUUUGUUAUAUUUAAGCCUAUGAGCCAUUUUGAGUUAAUUAUUUUACAUAUGUGUUCAUAGUGUAAGGUAAAGUUUAAAUCAUAUUUUUGCAUAUAUCUGAUCAGUUGUUCCAGUAGAAUUUGUUGAAGAGACUUUGUUGUACUGCUUUGCACCUAUAUUGAAAAUCAAUUGAUUUAUAUUUGGGUUUAUUGAUUUGUAGACUCUAUUCUGUUUCAUUGAUUUGUCUGUUGUUAUGCCAAUAUCGUACCAUUUUUAUUACUGUAGCUUUAUAAGUCUUGAGAUAAAACUCCAAUCUUAAUUCUUUUUCAAAGCUGGUAUUGGUUUUGUUUGUGUUUAUGUUUUACUUUUGGCUAUUCUGGAAGAAUUUGCAUAAGUUCAGCAUUUUCUUCUUUACAUUUGGAAAAAUUCACCAGACAAACCAUCUGACCUACAAUUUUCCUUGAGGGAAGAUUUUUAAUAUUGAACAAUUUCUUUAAUAGAUGCAGGAUCAUUCAGACGGUUUAUUUCUUCUUGAGUGAGAUUUGGUAGUUUGUGUUCUUCAGGAAAUUUAUCUUCUUCAUCAGAGUUGUAGAAUUUAUUGUAAUAAAGUUGUUCAUAAUAUUCCUUUAUCUGUUAAUAUUGUAGAGUCUGCAAUGAUCCCCCUGUCUGAUUUCUCACAUUGGUAAUUUGUGUCUUCUCUCUUUUGCCCCUGGUCUGUCCAGUGUGAGAUUUAUCUAUUUUAUUGAUUGUCUCGAGAACCUGCUGUUUGGUCUCUGAUUUCUUCUCUGGUCCUUAUUAUUUCUUUUCUUUAGCUGUAUUUGCUUUUCCUUUUAUAGUUUCCUAAUGUCAUCGAUUUGAGAUACCUUUUUUUAAACUUGAGAAUUUAGUGCUGUAUUUUCCUCUAAAAACCGUUAGCUGUUUCCCACAAAUUUGUAUAUGUCAUGUUUUCAUUUUCAUUCAUUUCUAAAUACUUUCUAACUGCCUUUUGAAAUCUUCUUUGGACCAAGGGUUAUUUAGAAGUAUAUUAUUUCGUUUCUAAAUAUUUCUGAUUUUUUUCAUAUGUGUUACCGUAGAUCAUUUUAAAUUAAUUUCACUGUAGUCAGUGAAUAUGCUUAGUAGGAUUUAAAUCCAUUUAAAUUUAUUGAGACUUUGUUACAGCCCAGAAUACAGCCUUUCUUGGUAAAUAUCUUGUGUGCAUUUCAAAAGAAUGUGUGCUCAGUUGUAGUUAGGUGGAGUGUUCUACUAAUGUCAAUUAGAUCAGAUUGAUUGAUGCUGUUGGUCAAGUCUUAUCUUUCCUAAUUUUCUGUAUACUUCUAUCAAUUAUAGAGAGAAGAGUGCUACAUCUUUGACAAUAAUCGUGGCUCUAUGUCUUCUUGCAGUUCUAGCGAUUUUUGCUUCAUGCAUUUUGAAAUUCUGUUUAGUAUAUGCAUGAAUAUUUAGGAUUGUUAUGUUUUCUUGAUCAAUGAUCCAUUGUUAUAAAAUAAUCCUCUUUAUCCCUGCUAAUAUUUUUUCUCUAAAAUCUAAUUUGUCUGAUAUUAUUAUAGCCACUCCAGCUUUUUAUGUUACUGUUAGCAUAUCUUUUUAUUGUAGUUUUACUUCUAAGUUGAUUCUUUAUAUCAAAAGUGUUUUUAAUUAACUGAAUAUAGUUGAGUUUUGCUUUUUGAUACGACCUGGAAAUCUGCCUUUUAUUUGGUGCUUUGUAAUUAAUGCCACACAUUAUUCUUAUACAUAUAUUGUAAACCCCCAUGACAUUAUUAUUUUUCUGCUUUAAACUGUCAGUUACCUUUCAAAAAUAUUUUUUUAAGGCUGGGCAUGAUGGCUCACACCUAUAGUACCAGCACUUUGGGAGGCCAAAAAGCCUGGAUCGCUUGAGCCCAGGAGUUCGUGACCAGCCUGGGAAAUAUAGCGAGACCUUGUCUGUACAAAAAAUACAAAAAAACAAAACAAAACAACAACAACAACAAAAACACACACAGCCAUUGUGGCAUACACCUGUAGUCCCAGCAACUUGAGAGGCUGAGGUGGGAGGAUCGCUUGAGCCCAGGAGGUCGAGGCUGCAGUGAGCUGUGAUCAUGCUACUGCACUCCAGCCUGGGUGACAAAGUGAGACUGCAUCUCAAAAAUAUUUUUUUCCUUUUAAAGAAAAUAUUUUUUUCUCUUAUCUUUGUUUUUUUUAAUUGAUUAACUUAUUUAUUAUUUUACUUUAAGUUCCAGGAUAUAUGAGCAGAACGUUCAGGUUUGUUACAUAGGCAUACAUGUGCCAUGGUGGUUUGCUGCACCUAUUAACCUGUCAUCUAGGUUCCCUCCCCUCAGCCCCCAACACCCCAACAAACCCUAGUGUGUGUUGUUCCCCUACCUGUGUUCAUGUUUUCUCAUUGUUCAACUCACACUUAUAAGUGAGAACAUGUGGUGUUUGGCUUUCUGUUCCUGUGUUAGUUUGCUGAGGGCAAUGGCCUCCAGCUUCAUCCAUGUCCCUGCAAAGGACAUGAUCGCAUUCCUUUUUAUGGCUGCAUAGGAUUCCAUGGUCUAUAGGUACCAUAUUUUCUUCAUCCAGUCUAUCAUUGAUGGGCAUUUGGGUUGGUUCCAUGUCUUUGCUAUUUUAAAUAGUGCUGCAGUAAACAUAUGUGUGCAUGUGUCUUUAUAGUAGAAUGAUUUAUAUUCCUUUGUGUAUAUACCCAGUAAUGAGAUUGCUGGGUUGAAUGAUAUUUCUGGUUCUAGAUCCUUGAGGAAUCGCCACACUGUCUUCCACAAUGGUUGAACUAAUUUACAUUCCUACCAACAGGGUAGAAGCGUUCCUAUUUCUCCACAGGCUCACCAGCAUCUAUUGUUUCUUGACUUUUUAAUAAUUGCCAUUCUGACUGGCGUGAGAUGGUAUCUCAUUGUGGUUUUGAUUUGCAUUUCUCUAAUGAUCAGUGAUGUUGAGCUUUUUUUCAUAUGUUUGUUGACUGCAUAAAUGUCCUGUCUCGAGAAGUAUCUACUCAUAACCUUUGCCCACUUUUUGAUGGGGUUCUUUUUUUCUUGUAAAUUUGUUUAAGUUCCCUGUAGAUUCUCGAUAUUAGCCCUUUGUCAGAUGAGUAGAUUGCAAAUACUUUCUCCCAUUCUGUAGGUUGCCUGUUCACUCUGAUGAUAGUUUCUUUUGCUGUACAGAAGCUCUUUAGUUUAAUUAGAUCUUAUGUGUCAAUUUUGGCUUUUGUUGCAAUUGCUUUUGGCGUUUUCUUCAUGAAGUCUUUGCCUUUGCCUAUGUCCUGAAUGGUAUUGCCUAGGUUUUCUCCUAGGGUUUUUAUGGUUUGGGGUUUUACAUUUAAUUCUUUAAUCCAUCUUGAGUUAAUUUUUGGGUAAGGUGUAAGAAGGGGUCCAGUUUCAGUUUUCCACAUACGAAUAGCCAGUAAGAAAAGAAUUUAUAUUUACUUAUAUUUACCAUUUCCAGUGUUCAUAUUGUGUGAAGAUUUAGACUUUUAAUGAUUAUCAUUUCUCCGAGGGAUUUUCUUUAACAUGCCUUAUAGUGCCAGACUGCCUGGUAAUAAAUUUUUUCAGCUUUUGUAUGUCUGAAAAGUGUUUAUUUCUUCAUUUUCAAGUGAUAUUUUUGCUGGCGAUGAAUUCUAGAUUGAUGGCAUCUUUCACUACUUUAAAUGUGUGCUAUUCUUCCGACUUGUAUCGUUUUCAAAGCAAAGUCUGUUGUCAUCCUUAUUUUUGUUCCCAGAUACAUCAUAUAUCUUUUUGUUAUUGUUCCUUUUAAGAUAUUGCUUUCUACCACUGGUUCUAAGCACUUUUAUUUUUAUAUGUAUUGGUGUCAUUUUCUUUAUGUGUUUUGUACUUGGAAUUCUUUGAGCUUCUCAUUAAUAGAUCUGUGAGCUUAUAGCUUUCAUUAAAUUUAGAAAGUUUUUUUGCCAUUAUUUUCAAAUCUUUUCUGUGUACUCCCUUUCCCUUUUCAGGGACUUCAAUUACUCAUACAUAUGAAGCCACUUUAAUUUGUUCUGUAAUUCACUGAUUCUCUGUUCAUUUUAUUUGUUUUUUUCUUUGGAAAAGAACUUUCCAAAGUAAAUUCUUUAGAUAAUUUCUAUUAUCUUUGUGUACUACAUAAUUUCUAUUUGGAUCGUUUCUGUUCCUCUUUCUUCAACCUAACUAGUAUUUUCUUUUGCAAUGUCUAAUUUUCCAUUAAUCUCAAUCUAUGUGUUUUUAAUCUAAAACACUGUAGAAGUUUGAUUUGUCUCUUUUUCUAUCUUCCUUGUCUAUUGUCUUAGUCCAUUUGCACUCCUGUAACAAAAAUAUCAUAGACUGGCUGGCUUACAAAUAACAGAAAUCUAUUCUUUCUCACCGUUCUGGAGUCAGGGAAGUACAAGAUGCAGGCGGCAGCCUUGGUCUAAUGAAGGCCCACUUCCUGGUUCAUAAAUAACCUUCUUCUUACUGUGUCCUCACAUGGCAAAAGGGUGGAUGGAAUUUUCUGGAGCCUUUUCAAUAAGGGCACUAAUCCCAUUCAUAAGAUCUUUGGCUUCAUAAGCUAAUCAUCUCCCAAAACCCCUACCUUCAAAUAUCAUCACAUUGGUGAUUACGUUUCAACAUAUGAAUUUAGGGGAGUCAUAAACAUUUAGUCUAUAGCAUCUCUAUUUGACCUGUGCUAUCAUUCUUCUACCCUCUUCAACACAUAAAAUAUAGUUUUAACUCUUCUAAUGUCCUUUUCUACUAAUUUCAUCAUCUGUGUAAUUCCUGGAUCUGUCUCUACUAAUUAAUUUUCUUCUCAUUAUGGGUUAUAUUUUCCUGCUUCUUUGAAUGUCUGGUAAUUUUUUUAUUGAGUGCCAGACAUUGUGAAUUUUACUUUGUUAGAUGCUGGAUAUUUUGAUAUUCUGACAAAUAUCUUAAAAUUUAUUCCCAAAGCAUUUGAGUUACUUGCAAACUUAGAAACAAUUUGCUUCUUUCAGAGGCUUACUUUUAGUCUUUGUUGGAAUGAGAGCAGUGGUUAUUCUAGUUUUUUGGUGUUUAUUUUAGUUUUCUCUUGUGUCUAUUCUAAUUUUUUCCCGUUCUCAGACAAUACCCUUGUGAGUACACUACUCCAGUUCAGGGUCACAGGUGGCCAGAGCCUAUUCGAGCAGCUUCAGGGCAAGGAGGGAACAAAACCUGGCAGGAUUCCCCUGCAUCCCAGGACACAUUCACACCCACACCCCACACCCAGUAUUCUCAUUAGACUGCAACCAUGUUGACACACCAAUUCACAUAAUAUACACAUUUCUGGUAUAUAGUGAGAAAUCGGAGUACCCGGAGAAAAACCAGGCAUGUGUGGAGAGAACAUUCAAGCUCUACACAGACAGUGGCCCCAGCCAGCAAUUAAAGUUUUUUUUUUUCUCAUCAACAAUAUAACAAAACAAUGUUGAAUGAACCCAUGUUAUUCAAUGACCUGCUGGGCAAGGUUGUCCUUUCUGUUGGGUGGGAGCAUGAAUUAUUGCUGGUCUUCUAAGUUUCAGGGGAUGUUCCCUUUGCUCCUUUGGGGUGACUUUUCCCAGACUCAAGUAGUGAUAUGGUUUGGCUGUGUCCCCAGCCAAAUCUCAUCUUGAAUUGUAGCUCCCAUAAUUCCCCUGUGUGGUGGGAGGGACCCAGUGGGAGAUAAUUGAGUCAUGGAGGCGAUUUCGCCCAUACUAUUCUCAUGGUAGUGAGUAAGUCUCACGAGAUCUGAUGGUUUUUUAACGGGAAACCCCUUUUGCUUGGCUCUCAUUCUCUUCUUUUUUCUGCCGCCACGUGAGAUGUGCCUUUCACCUUCCACCAUGAUUUUGAGGCCUCCCCAGCCACGUGAAACUGUGAGUCUUUUUUUUUUUUUUGGUAAAUUGCCCAGUCUCAGGUAUGUCUUUUUCAGCAGCAGGAAAACAAACUAAUACAGGUAGUUUCCUCCCACACAUGUGCUGGUCAGGACUCAUUUGAAGACUAGAGGGAACCCUCUGCUGAGAUCCAUGAAGCUGUCUUCCUUCUGCAGCUCCCUUGGUGUUCCAGGCUCCUAGAUCUGUAACCUCUCUACUCAGACCUCUGGACCCCACUGAGUUCCUCCUGCCUGCGCUGUAGCCUGCAAACCCUCCAGGCAGUGGGCUGGGCAUCAGCAGGCUCACCUCAUUUCUUUUCUCUUUCUUGGGGAUCACAGUCCUGAGUUGCCUGAUGUCCAGUGUCUGAAAACCAUUGUUUCAUAUAGCUUGUCUGGUUUUCCUUUUUAUAUUUGUUUAGAUGGCGGCUAAAUCCAGUCCUUGGUACUUCACCUUAUUCAGAAGGAGAAAUUACCUUCUGAUUUUAUUUUUAUAGUGUUUGUGUCUUGUCUUUAUGGGGUUGCUGCAAAUAUCUUCUAGUAGUUCCCUCUGCCCAUCUGAAAUUUGAGCCUGUCUUCUUAGUCCCAGGAUUAUGUGAUCACUUUCAACUUAGACCACCAGAGUCAGUGGGAUCCCAUG